UUAACGCAUUUAUAAUUUAUCAUUUUGAUUGAAUGGGUAUUGAAUUAGAAGUGCAAAACAUUUGAAUAUAUUUAACAGAUACACUCAUUCAAACUGUAUAUACAGUUUGCUUCUGAUUUGUAAAUAGUUUUAUUUAUUCGAGACGGAUAUGUUAGUUUUGUUAUUUGUAAGUCAUGUUGUUUCUUGUGCUUUAUCGAACGGAUGGCUUCGAACCUCAGGUUCAUAGAUACGUCCAGGACUUUGCUGUCUAGACUCGAUUGAUGGAACGCACAUGAAACGCAGCUCUUUUUACGUAUUUCAUAGGCACACAUGCUCAAUAUAAACCUGGAAGAAAGUUGUCUCUAAGCUUAUUUAUAAAUAGUACAACGUGUAUUCUAUAGUGUUUAUGAUAUGCCAUUCGACCUAGUAAUUGUUUGCGCGAUUUUAACGUUUUAAGACGUUUUAUGCGAGGCUAUCAAAUUUUAAACGCUUAUAACAACACAUACAUGCAGUCUAAGCAAACGUAGAUAUUAUUACUUAAACUUAUGUUACCUUCCAGCAUUCUACAAAUGGCAGAAGGAGGCUUCGGGUGUACAGAUUCAGAGACUGACAGAGUUCACAGACACAGUAGUCUGUACAGUCGUCACUCUCGGAAUUAUGUGGAAAGUGUGUCAGUGGAGAUUAGUACUAUAAUGACCCGGCUGGGAUACGGCGAGGAGAUGAGAAAGUGGCGCGUUAAGAAGUACAAGGAUUUGGAUAAGCUGUCGAUUGGUCGACAGAAAGAAGAAACUAUUAUCACAGCUGGCAGCAAGGCAGAAGGGUUGACAAGCUAUUUAGAAAGCGACCAUGACAUGCUACAUUUGCAGAACUUUAUCCUCUGUGUGGAAACUGGUAUCAGUCUUCACACCAUACCAGAGGACAUGGACGUGUUCAGGAUGGAUACACGCGUAUAUCCAGGACACUGCAUACUGUUGCUAGAGAGACUAGUGCAUUUUACAAUGAAAAUAAUAACCGCUCCGCUGUGUGAUAAUGGAUAUGGGGAAUUUUUAUUUAGCAGUAGUUUAUUUCUAGAUGAAUGUUCCGCUUCGCUGUCAUUUGAUCGUCGAUUACACGUGGUGCAACAUAAACGCGCGGGGCCGUCAACACCACAUACAAUUAACGAGAAGCAACAUACGGACACAGUACACGCCUUACGCUGUUUAUGUCCUAGUGUUCUACAAAGAUGGGCUGCCAGACCCCGCCAGUGGCCGUUACCAGUCAUAGUUCAAAAAGUAGUAUCAUUAGGAGCCUAUGUUACCCCGACAGGGUUUAAGGAUAGCGUAAACAAGCACAUCGAGUGGAGGAUUUGCUUUAACAGCGGAGAAACAGAACUUAUAAACAACCUUAAUGACACUCAGGCGAAAGUUUAUGUUAUACUUAAAAUGAUCCUUAAAUAUAUACUGAAACCAAAAAAUAAAGAAAUUACAUCAUAUAUACUGAAAAACAUAGUAUUGUGGCAAGCUGAACGUAACCCACAGACACGCUUUAGUGCAUACAGUUUGCUUCUCUGGCUGCAUGACGGUUUGAGAGAACUUAGGACUGCAAUUGCCAAAAAAUAUAUGCCGUAUUACAUGAUUCCUGAACGAAAUUUAAUGGAAGCAUGUGGUAUAACCAAUACGCUGCAUCGUAAAUGGGUAGCAGAUAUCACGGACAUGCUAGAAGAAGGUCCCAGGGUAAUACUUAGAUUGGAGAAGAUACGAAAGGCAAUCGUCGCGUCUCCAGAGCCGAUGUUGUGGUACAGUAAGACACGGAUGGAGUUGGAGAUGCUGUUGCUGGAGAAUCGUACGAGAUUCAAGCCACGGACAGAUGAUAAUGGUGAUGAGCUGAUCGAAGAACCGACUUUUGUUGAGAAUGCCAUAAUUUUACGCUUGAUAGAAGUAUGGGAAGAUAUGAGAGAACGAAUGCUCCUGGAGGGCAGUUCUGUUAAUGAUUGUAGAGAUAUUUUUGACGCAAUGUUAAUGUAAUAAUGAACUGAAAUACAAAAAUCACACGUAUAUCUUGGCUGUAAUUAAGACCACAACGUCACUGAAAUAAAUGCAGUUUGUCAUAAAUGGCACAUAGACGGUUUUUACGGUGUAUUAUUUUCAAAUAUAUGUGCAGUAUUUAUUAAGCGAAUAAAUAUUAAAUUAUUUCAUAGCUCUCGUAUUCAUGCAUGCACAUUAAAUUAUGUUUUUAAUAUAACAUGUGGCAUGGGAGACAAUUGAACCGCUCGCUAGAAUGAAAGUAGUAUAGAAUAGUGUGUUUAUGUACUUCACAUAAUGGACAUGUCCGCUUAAUAACGCCUACACUUUUUUAUUAGUGGUAUUUGUUCGUGCCACAUAAAUGAUUUUUGUACAUGUACAUAUGCAUUUUGUUUGUACUAGUCAUGUUUAUCUACAUGUCGUUUUGUACACAAUUAGCAAAACAAGAUCAGUUUGGAAUAUUGUCACACAUGUACAAUCAUUAAGACAAGCAAGACUUCAGGGUCUACGCGGGCAUAUUUUCAGAAAAUUCUUGUUGAACACUUGUAAUGUUGACGUGUGACCUUUCAUUAAAACUGUCACAGUGUAGAAUGAGCAAUAGGGUAUUUUGCCUAUUUCCGAAUGUGGCUGUAAAUAACGUUGUUAACGCAGGUUUCUUAUUUUCAAUCUGAAUAAAUAUUAAUUAUAAGCACUCAA